CUUUUCACGCGUGGCUCGGCGUUAUUUCGAUCGUUCCUGAAAGCACCAUCACUGCAGGCUUUUCUUUUUUUUUUUUUUGCCCCAGUGGUCGGUGCGCCGCUGCGUUCGGAGCCAUGGGCUGCACGGUGAGCGCCGAGGACAAGGCGGCCGCGGAGAGGUCCAAGAUGAUUGACAAAAACCUCCGAGAGGACGGAGAGAAGGCGGCCAGAGAAGUCAAACUGCUCUUACUGGGUGCUGGGGAGUCUGGGAAGAGCACCAUUGUAAAGCAGAUGAAGAUCAUCCAUGAAGAUGGUUACUCAGAAGAUGAGUGCAAGCAGUACCGAGCAGUGGUUUAUAGUAAUACCAUCCAGUCCAUUAUGGCUAUUGUUAAAGCUAUGGCCAGUCUCAAGAUCGAUUACAGCAACCCCGGCAGAGCGGAUGAUGCGCAGCAGCUCUUUGCCCUGUCUGCGGCUGCAGAAGAGCAGGGCAUUCUCUCCGACGACCUGGCCAAUGUCAUCAGGCGAUUGUGGGCUGACGUCGGCAUACAGAGCUGCUUUGCACGGUCGCGAGAGUACCAGCUGAACGACUCAGCAGCAUAUUAUCUCAAUGACCUGGAGAGGAUAGCCAAGGCAGAUUAUAUCCCCACUCAGCAGGAUGUGCUGCGAACUCGAGUAAAGACCACUGGCAUUGUGGAGACUCACUUCACUUUCAAGGAGCUGCAUUUCAAAAUGUUUGAUGUGGGAGGUCAGCGCUCCGAGAGGAAGAAGUGGAUCCACUGUUUCGAAGGAGUCACAGCCAUUAUUUUUUGUGUUGCACUCAGUGCUUACGACCUGGUUCUGGCUGAGGAUGAGGAAAUGAACCGGAUGCACGAGAGCAUGAAGCUGUUUGACUCCAUCUGCAACAACAAGUGGUUUACCGAGACCUCCAUCAUCCUGUUCCUCAACAAGAAGGAUCUGUUUGAGGAGAAGAUCAGCCGCAGCCCUCUCACCAUCUGCUUCCCAGAGUACACAGGAGCCAACAAGUUCGAUGAAGCAGCCAGCUACAUCCAGACCAAGUUUGAGGACCUGAACAAGAAAAAGGACACCAAGGAGAUCUACACACACUUUACCUGUGCCACUGACACCAAGAACGUGCAGUUUGUCUUUGACGCUGUCACUGACGUCAUUAUUAAAAACAACCUGAAAGACUGUGGUCUUUUCUGAAGGACACUGCGAGACGCACACAGACUACAUGAGAGACUGCAACAGUGAUGUGAUGAUUACUGCUUUUCAUAAUGAAAACCAUAACGGACUUGAUUCCUGCAGGGGGAACCUGAAAGAAAUCCAACAAUCACUGAUGUGCAAACAUCACAUUCUCUGUCUAACAUCUCAUUGUUAUUGUUUGGUUAUACUUUUCCGAAAUGAUCGGGGUUUCUCAAACUAUUCAUGCUGAUCGCCAGUGAAAAGAGCCUCCAAAUUAUCCUCCAAAAGAUUCACCAACAAUCAGAGUGACCUGCCUGUGUUUUGUAAAGUUAAUUCAAUAAAAUGGCGAGCAUAAGUGGAAAAUUAUUUUUGUAAGAGUAAAAUGCUUCACAUUAUGAAUCUGUUUUCCAGUCAUGCAUAGUUUUCAUCAUUAAUGGGGCUUCAGGGAGCAGUUUGAGAACUGCUGAUUUAUUUGAUUUCUUCUUCUUUUUCUAAUUAUUAUUAUUAUUUAAAUUUUUUUUGUAUUCAGAGUUCAAUUUGAUUUUUAAUAUAGGUUUCCAUUAAUGAGAAGGCAUAGUACAAUGACUUUUUAUAUAUACUAGAUAUUAAAAAAAAUUCUCAUUAAUUUAAGUUUACUAAUGGUAUUCUAUGAAACUUGACUGGGCAGAGCUUAUUUUUUAGAAGAAAACACACAGGCAUGGAGAAUGAAAUUGGACGAAGGGAAAAUGCUUUUGUACAGUGUUUACACAAUCAAUAUUCACACUUGUAUUAUAGUGCAUUGUUCUGCAUGACUGCCCAUAGAUUAGCCUGUAUCUCCCACAAACUGAAUAACAUUCCUUAAGUAAUGUCUCUCAAAUAAAAAAAGUAAAAAAAAAAAAAGUUAUGUGUCACUUUUAAGAUAUCAACAAUAUUUUAAGUAUUUCUGUCUGCUCCUUUCAUGAGUUGUUCUGUACAGUUUGUUUCAUUCCAGGUCUUUUUACGUAUGUUUGUGCCUUGAUAUCUGUUUACACUUGUUCUUUAGAGACAUGCUGUCUUCAUAGUGUCAGUUAGGGCUAUUUCUACUGCACCUGAGCUCACAUAAACCUCCAUUUGUUGCACACAACACAUGUAAUUGUUCAUUAAUAUCAAGGUGCAUAAAACUCCUUCACUUGUUCAAUGAAAAUAAAAGUUGCGUCACAUGA